AUGCCGAUCAAGUCGAAUUUCCCGGACAUCGACCUGCAGGUCAAGGACAUUUUUUCGUUCCUGUUCAACAGGAAUGACCGGCCGUUUCCUGACAGUCAAGUCAUCUUCCGCGACGCAGACAACCUCACCCGGAACUACACCUACGCCCAAAUCAAGCAACUAAGCGCCGACUUCGGCAAAGGGCUGAAAUCGACCCAUGGAUUCCGCAAAGGCGACGUCUUGGGGCUUUUCGUCCCCAACGACAUUGACGUGGCGCCCGUGGUCUUCGGCACCCUCUGGGCAGGCGGGAUCGUCUCACCCGCGAAUCCAGGCUACACCGUCGCCGAACUCGUAUACCAGCUCAAAGACUCUGGGGCCCGAAUUCUGGUAACCCACAUGAGCGUGAUUUCGACCGCAACAAAAGCCGCAGAAUCCGCAGGGAUCCCAUCAUCCAACAUCUUUGUCCUCGGCAAAGAAACCGACCCAUCCCGCAAAUUCAAGCAUUGGACACAAGUACGCAAUCUCGAGGGCACAGCACGCUACCGCACCCCGAAAAUCGAUCCGAAAACCGAUCUCGCGUUCCUGGUCUAUUCGUCAGGAACGACGGGCCGACCGAAAGGCGUACGUCUAACCCACCACAACAUGACGGCCAACAUUGAACAGAUCCAAUCCGCUGAAGGCUGGCUCUCCUGGGACGGAAGCAAGAGUGUGGCCGGGAUCCCUGACGCCCCGAAGGGUCAGGGGGACAAGAUCCUAGCGUGUCUGCCGUUUUUCCACAUCUACGGAUUGAAUUUACUUGUCCACUGUCCCGUCUAUUCCGGUGUGCAAACUUUGGUGCUAGCACGCUUCGAGCUGGAAAAAUGGUGUCGCCUUGUUCAAGAACACAAGAUCACAUUCAGCUACAUUGUCCCGCCUAUCGUUUUGCUGUUAUGCAAAGCACCUGUUGUGGAUAAAUACGAUUUAUCUUCGUUGCGCAUGACGAAUUCCGGCGCCGCCCCACUGACCCGCGAACUCGUCGAGGCCCUGUACAAACGGAAAGGAGUACGCGUCAAACAAGGCUAUGGCCUAAGCGAGACCAGUCCGACGAUUUUCGUUCAAAGGUGGGAAGACUGGCUAGAUUCCGUCGGGUCAACAGGGUGGAUGCUGCCGAAUGUCGAAUGCAAAUUCUGUGCGGUGCCCGCACCAGGUCAAGAAAGUGAUCCUAACAAGGAAGUGCCCCGCGGUCAAGUUGGAGAACUAUAUGUUCGUGGACCGAAUGUUUUCGUCGGGUAUCAUAACAAUCCGGCCGCUACUGCUGAAUGUCUCGAUCUGGAAAGUGGGUGGUUCCGGACCGGUGAUGUGGGCUUCAUGGACGACAAGGGGAAUUUGACGAUUACCGAUCGCGUCAAGGAACUGAUUAAAUAUAAGGGGUUUCAGGUCCCGCCGGCUGAACUCGAGGGAUAUCUGGCUGACCAUGAAUUGGUCGAUGAUGUUGCUGUUGUUGGUGUGGAGAGUCUGGAACUCGGAACGGAGGUGCCGCGUGCAUAUGUUGUUAGAAAGGGGGGUCUCAAGGCUGUGGAUUCGAAUGGUGAGGAUGCCAGACAGAUUGUGAAUUGGAUGAAUGCCAAAGUGGCGAAUCAUAAGAAAUUACGCGGUGGGAUUAAGUUUGUCGAGGCGAUUCCGAAGAGUGUCUCCGGGAAAAUUCUUAGGAGGGUUCUGAAAGAGCAGGCACAGAAGGAGUUUAGGGCUGAAGAGGAGGAGAAGUUGAAGAAGGCGGGACGGGCGAAGUUGUAA